UGUUUAUCCGACCCAAUGUCUGGUGGUCACUAUGGUAACAACGCGGUUCAGUCGGUUGAAGGUCCCGUGUCGCCUAACUCUGCUGCGGCCGCUGUGGCCGCCGUUGCGCAGGGUAUACGGCAGCAAAUGAUGGCCGCCGCCGGACAUAACAUCUCUCCUUCGUCGGGUGUCGACGCGUUCGCCCUACUCGCCUCUUCGCACCUACCCAGUCCGGCUGACAUGUCACCCAAUUCGUCUCCACCCGAUUCACCGUUAGUUUCCAACAACAACGUCGAGGUGAGCCUAAGCGGUUACAAGCGAUCCAUCGACCACUCCAACCAAGACAACGUGUUCGUCGAAGACAUUGAUGAGCUCGUGAAGAACAGCCAUUGUACCGGAGGCUCGUCAAUGGGCAACACCAUCGAUCAGCAACCGUUGCCGUUAGUCAUCGAGCAACGGACCGAAUAAAAAUAUACACCUACACACAGACUGAGAUAAACUAUAGUGAACAAAUCCAAUAAUACCGACUUUUAAAGACUUUGUGGUCAUGUGAGU